GCAUGCCUGUCUCCGGCCGGGCCGUGAGGCGGGCGGGCGGCUGCGGCACGCGGCGGUGGAGGGCCCGGGCAGCCGGAGAGCGGCCGGGCGCCCCGCGGGGACGCUGGACAGCCCGGGUUUGGCCGAGGGUGCUGCUGCUCCGGCGCCGCCGGCGGGCAUCAUGGCAUCGCUGGCCGACCGGGUCCGGGGCAACGGGCGCAUCGCCGCGGGGCUCCUGUUCAACUUGCUGGUGUCCAUCUGCAUCGUGUUCCUCAACAAAUGGAUCUACGUACACCACGGCUUCCCCAAUAUGAGCCUGACCCUGGUGCACUUCGUGGUCACCUGGCUGGGCUUAUACAUCUGCCAGAAACUGGACAUCUUUGCCCCCAAAAGUCUGCCGCUCUCCAAGCUCCUCCUCCUGGCCCUCAGCUUCUGUGGCUUUGUGGUCUUCACCAACCUCUCUCUACAGAACAACACCAUAGGCACCUAUCAGCUGGCCAAGGCCAUGACCACGCCGGUGAUCAUAGCCAUCCAGACCUUCUGGUACCAAAAGAGCUUCUCCGUCAGAAUACAGCUCACGCUGAUCCCUAUAACUGUAGGUGUCAUCCUAAAUUCUUACUACGAUGUGAAGUUUCAUUCCCUUGGAAUGGUGUUCGCUGCCCUUGGUGUGUUAGUCACAUCCCUUUAUCAAGUGUGGGUGGGAGCCAAGCAGCACGAACUGCAAGUGAAUUCCAUGCAGCUGCUGUACUACCAGGCUCCCAUGUCCUCCGCCAUGCUGCUGGUGGCCGUGCCCUUCUUUGAGCCCGUGUUCGGAGAGGGAGGAAUAUUUGGUCCCUGGUCGGUUUCUGCUCUGCUUAUGGUACUGCUGUCUGGAGUAAUCGCUUUCAUGGUGAACUUAUCGAUUUAUUGGAUCAUUGGGAACACAUCGCCGGUCACCUACAACAUGUUCGGACACUUCAAGUUCUGCAUCACCCUGUGCGGAGGAUACAUUUUAUUUAAGGAUCCGCUGUCGUUUAACCAGGGACUUGGCAUCUUAUGCACACUGUUCGGCAUCCUCACCUAUACCCACUUUAAACUCAGCGAACAGGAAGGAAGUAAGAGUAAGCUGGUCCAGCGGCCCUGAGCUUUGACGGAGAAAAGAACGCUGACCAAAAAGCUGGGAAAUGGAUAAGUCCCUGGAGAAGCCACCAUGCAGAGUUCACUCAGUGACUUACGAGAAGUAUUUUCUUCACAAAUCUGUUUUUAGUACCUUUCAUCGACUUAAUUUUCUAAAACCAAAAUGGUUCGAGCUUCUCUUCAAAGACUGCAUGAAGCUGGAGCUGUCACUCAGCGGUAGAGUGUCUGCUCCGCAUGCAUCAGGCCCCGGGCUCCAACUCCAGCACCUUCAAAGAAACGAUACAUGCUACAUAGGAGAUGGUUUCAUUCUGCCAGCCAAAAUGUAGGAAGGUUCGGGUCCAUAGGAAUGACAAAGGGCUGCCACUCAGUGCUGCAGGUGUGCCCGGCUUGGUGGCCACGCUGUCCCCAGGAAGGGCACAUAGGACUCCUGCCCACUCAUCCCUGGUUUCCCCCUGUGAGGUUUAUUCUAUGUUAGUCAGUGUUUAUUCUAUGUUAUGCCGUGCAGGAGACUGACCCCAGAGUCUAGCACUUGCCAGACAAACAGCACCACUGAGCGACACCCACAGACCUGGAGUCUGGGUUUAAAUACAAAGAGUGGUUUAUGUUAGCUUCUUUAUCAUUUGGGCAGAGUGAUAGCUGUUCUGAGACCGGAUCUCACUAUGUAGCCCUGGCUGGUCUGGAAUUCUCUACGUAGACCAAACUGGCUUUGAACUCAUAGAGAUCUGCUUGCCUCGCCACCACACCUGGCCUUUGACGUCUUUUAUCAUUUCAUUGUAGAAUUGAAAUAUGUAUAGGAAGCACACCGCCAUAGACACGAUCAUAAAACAAACCACAGCUCUGAAAGUAGAAACUUGGUAAGAGAAGCUCUGCCCUGUCAAACAGGGCAGGGCUUGUGCGCCUCCAGUCCCUGGUGUCUGGAAAACUGGGGCAGGACUGCGUGAGGCAGGGCCAGCUCAAGGACAGACUCUGCCUGUGCUCCGGUGAGUGUCUGCGGUUCUAAGUAACUGGUGUCGGUGGGAAUGACGGUCUCGUCGGUCCUCUCGUGAUGGCUCUGAGCUUUCAGUGAGCUCUAGCUACUGUAUAUGGAGUUAACAAAACAAAACCAGGGGUUGGGGAUUUAGCUCAGUGGUAGAGCACUUGCCUAGGAAGCGCAAGGCCCUGGGUUCGGUCCUCAGCUCCAGAAAAAAAAAAAAAAAAACAAACCCCGCAAUGAAUGGCUCAGAGAGAAGCCUGGAGGGCCAGCAGGUAUGGUCCAGUAGUGGGGUACCUGCCUAGCAUGCUGAGGCGCUGGUUACAGUCUCCCAGCAACAGCCAAACCAGACAGACUCUACCUGGAAUGGGCAGGUCUCUCUUUACCCCGGCAACUGCUUUUCCAGCUUGCUCGAACAUUUCAUGUCACUGAUUUCUCACAUGGCCUCCCUCCCAGCACGCCCUGCCUGCCUUCCACGUGAGGAAGCACUGUGGAGGGAGCAUCUUACGGCACUGGGAACUGGGUUGAAUUAUGCCUCCGUUCCCACGAGGAAAGCUAGAGCAAAGGCUCUCCAAAUCCUAGGACGAGACUCGGUGAAAACUAAGGAAGGCGUGAAAGAAGAAAAACUGGCUGAUAUUUAGCUGGUUGUGUGAGGUUUCAGAGGAAUAGAGAAGUAUCUUUGGUUGAGAUGAAUACCUGGUCUCCAGCAAAUGGGUUGCCGGGUCUCUGAUUGCAACAGUGUGUGUCUGCCUUCGAGUAUCUUGACAUUUCACCAUUCAAAGCAGCCAUUGACCUCACAAGAGUAGGAACUUUUUCUAAACACACUUUCCUGUGAGAAAACAGCUUAAGACAAAGAGCCAUGUGUGUACCUACAUUGUGGCAGCAAAUUUUAUCUUAGAUUUUUUUUUUUCACAGAGAAAGGUAACUUUUAAUAUCUCCUAGGGUUUUUUUGUUGUUGUUGUUCUGUUUUGUUUUUUUCAAGACAGGGUUUCUCUGUGUAGUUUUUGGUGCCUGUCCUGGAUCUCGCUCUGUAGACCAGGCUGGCCUUGAACUCACAGAGAUCCAGCUGACUCUGCCUCUCAAGUGCUGGGAUCAAAGGCAUACGCCACUGCCACCUGGCUGUUUAGGGGUUUUUUGCUUGUUUGUUUUUUGUUUUUUCAAGACAGGGUUUGUUUCUCUAUGUAGCCCUGGCUGUACUGGAAUUCUCUGUAGACCAGACUGGCUUCAAACUCAUAUAGCUCCACUUCCCUCUGCCUCCCGGGUGCUGGGAUUAAAGAUGUGUACCACCACUGCCUGACGUUUUUUAAGUUUUUUUAACCAAAUAAAAAAGCCUGGGUCCUAUCCCGAGCACUGCCAAAACAAAACCAGAACUUUGAAAUGAUCAGGAAACAGGCUGAAGGUUCCUUGGCCAUGUAGACCAUGUGGACUUCCAGGACAGCCUGAAUUAACUACUGAGAUCCUAUUGACAGGAAGUAAAAAGGAAAGGAAAUAUGCCUGUUUUAGGAUUCUUUUUUCCUGCCCCAUUUAAAAUGCAAAGCCUCAUAAGACGUGUAUUUGGAGAAUUUCAUUGUGUCGGUCUGUUGUCUAUCAGUGUAUGUGCGCCCGUGUUUUUACUGUUCUCAGUUUACAGAGCUCCUGAGCUAAGAAUUGCAGAACAUGCCAUCCUGACUCUAUGGAUCUUUGGUAUUACGUUUAAGAGGCAUUUUCUAUGUAUAUGUAAGUUAGUAUGUCACCUUUUCCUAAAAGCUGAAGACAAAUGUUCCAGGCCAGAGAUCAUCUGGUUUCUGUGUGUUAAGAACAACUGAGUUGAUUUGUGCUGUGUGUCAAUAAAACCUGGGGACCGAGGGUGAUUGGAUAGGAAGGCGUGUGGGGUUGUUAUCGAUGGCUGGUGUCUGUAGGAAUGAGUAACAGAGUUGGAGAAAGAUGAGUAAAGGUGUGUUUCCAUAAACGAAUAAACUGAGUUCUGUUAGAACAACA